AUGAGUCUUCAAAUGUCAUUGGUGUUCUGCACCAUGGUUGGUCAAAUGAUUAUCCUUUUCAUUCUUGUUUUACCAUUACCACAAAUGAUUCGUCAAAAAAUUGUUGAUUUAACUUUUGUAAUUCAAAGAUCACAAAAUUUCAAAGUUCUUGUUGUAUUUUCAAUCGUAUUAAUGGGAUUACAAUUCAUGGAUUGUAUAAAUAGAUUACAUAGAUAUUCUGGACGUUCAGAUGAUCCAUUGCUUCAAAGUGGCAAUCUUAUAAAACAUUCCAUGACUUUGAAUUAUGAUCAAUUGGCAAGUAAAUUCUAUGCCCAAAGAAACCUUUAUUUAAGUGGAGCUAUUUUAUAUUUACAAAUGGCUAUUGCUACUGUUAUCACUAUUGUUAGAAAGUUGGUUCAGAAGGAAGCUGAAUAUAGAAAAUUGGUUCUCAAUUCUGCAUCAACUGAAGAAGAUGAUAAAGAAAUCACUGAAUUGAAACAUUUGAUUGAAGUUAAACAAUUGGAUAUCGAUACUUUAAAGAAACAAAUUAAAGGAUUACAAAGUGCUUAUGAUAGUUUAUCUCCCGAACCUAACACUACGAAUAAAAAGUCUGAUUAA